UGAAGAUGUUGUUUGUAGAUUAAGUUAAGCAUUAGGAAUCAAGGGGUAUAUACCAAAUGAAAAUUUUCUGAGACUGGAUUGCAGGUACCCGUAGACAGUCCUCAAUGCUCAAUUGUGAUUAAAAAAUGCUGUGUCACACCUCAUGUGAAAGCCAUUGGUUGCUGAGACAUCGUAAUGGAUGGCAUCACCCAUGUGCCAUAUGAAUGGAGUUCCCACAAGACAUGCCAUAAUAUAUGGCCUUCUAACCAUCACCAAACUAAUAACCACAAUUGUCAAAGCACAAAGCCGACCUUAGUGGUUUUUGGCUUUUUAAUUCUCAAGUUGCAUCUCAAGCCAUGUUCGGGACUACCUGCUACUAUUUCACGACCAUCCCAAUACCAUUGUUGUUAAACUACUUCUAAAUUUUUUAUCAUUAAUUUAUUCGAUCCAAAUACUGUUUCAUUUUAGUUUUUAAGUGGAGCUCAUCUAAUAAUGUACAUGAAUUUCUUACUCUAUAUAUUAAUUUAAACCAUAAAUUCCAAAGUGGAAAGGGUCUUAUUUCUUAACCGACAAGGCAUUAGCAGUUGAAGAGUUAUUGCUCGCACAUGUUGUGUAUGUGUGGAACUUGACUUUGAUUCAUGGUGGUGCAAUUUUUCCAUCAUUCUUUUUGUCUGCGGAGAAAGUUUUUCUAUUUCUCAUUAGUUUAUGGUGUAUGUACUUUGCAAUUUGAAGUCAUAAUGGUACUGUAACGUACCACGAGCUACCAAUUAUAGGAUGCAUGAAUUAUGGCUGCAGGUUCCUUUAUUCAAGGUUGCUUCUGGUCAAUGGGCUUGUAAAUUGUAUUCAUACAAUCACAUUUGGCUAUAAAUAGUGGGGGGAAUUUGCCAUCUCUACCAGCACAGAGUCUGUACAGAGAGGAGAUCAAACAAUGGAUAGGCUCUGUGUAUUUAGCAGCAUUGUUCUCUUUCUGGGGGUGCUCACAGGGACAACACUUAGAGGAGCAUCAGCUGCUUGGCUCCAAGCCCAUGCAACCUUUUAUGGUGGAAGUGAUGCUUCAGGAACUAUGGGUGGUGCAUGUGGUUAUGGCAAUCUUUACAGCGAUGGUUAUGGAGUAAAGACUGCAGCGCUGAGCACGGCUUUGUUCAACAAUGGCAAGGCAUGUGGUGGCUGCUAUCAGAUUGUGUGUGACGCAACCAAGGUGCCCCAGUGGUGCCUCAAGGGCACAUCUAUUACCAUCACCGCUACCAACUUCUGCCCACCGAAUUACGCUCUCCCUAGUGAUAAUGGCGGGUGGUGCAAUCCUCCAAGGCCUCACUUUGACAUGUCUCAACCUGCUUUCGAGUCUAUAGCAAAAUACAGGGCUGGAAUUGUACCAAUUCUUUAUAGGCAAGUUCGAUGCAAGAGAAGCGGAGGCAUGAGGUUCACCAUAAAUGGAAGGGAUUACUUCGAGCUAGUUCUGAUAUCCAAUGUGGGAGGUGCUGGAGAAGUCUCUAAGGUAUGGAUAAAAGGGUCCAAAGCCAAUAGCUGGGAAGCCAUGACCAGGAACUGGGGCUCAAACUGGCAGAGCCUGAAAUACCUGAACGGCCAGAGCUUGUCCUUUAGAGUCCAAAGCAGUGACGGGAAGACCCUCACAGCCCUCAAUGUGGCACCUUCAAACUGGAAGUUUGGCCAGUCAUUCACCACAAAUGUUCAAUUCUGAAGUUCCUUGUAUACUACCAUACUUCAGUUUUGUUGUUUCUUCCUGUAUUUAGUUUGCAACUUGGGGGGUUGUGGCUGAUCCUUUCUUUGAUGAAGCCCACCUCAUCAAAAAUAAAAUUCAACUCUAAACCAGACCCAUUCAAUAAAAUCCUUUCUUUGAUUUUUUUUUUUUCCUCUG